AUGACCAACGCCGUCAAUCUCGACACGGACGUCAUCGCCCGUGCCGGUCUGGCCGACCCUGAGCACAGCAACCCCGGCAAGAAGUCCCUUGAUGUCUCCCGUGAGAAGGAGACCCUCAAGGAGACCCUCGAGGCCCAUGACGCCAACUCGAGCUCCGACGACGACGAGUGGUGGCCCGACAAGCCCACCGAGGAGGAGCUGCGCACUCUGCGCCGUGUCUCCGGCCCCAUCAAGUGGUCCAUGUGGACGAUCGCCUUCGUAGAACUGUGCGAGCGUUUCUCCUACUACGGAUCCUCGGUGUUGUACACCAACUUCAUCAAGAACCCUCUCCCCGAUGGAUCCCUCACCGGCUCUCCCAUCAUCACCGAUGGCAAGCCCGGUGCUCUGGGCAUGGGAGCCAGAGCCGCCCAGGCUUUGACCCUCUUCAACCAGUUCUUCGCCUACCUCAUGCCUCUUCUUGGUGCCUGGAUUGCUGAUGCCCGCAUGGGUCGUUUCUGGACUCUGCACCUGGCCAUUGGUAUCUCUACCAUUGCCCACGUUAUCCUCGUCAUCUCUUCCAUCCCCGACGUCAUCGUCAAGGCCGACGGAGCCUUCGCUGCCUUCAUCAUUGGUCUUCUCUGCCUAUGUGUUGGUACCGGUUUCUUCAAGGCCAACGUCUCUCCCCUGCUUGCUGAGCAGAAUGAGGACAGCCGCAUGCGUGUUGAGGAGCGCAAUGGCGAGCGUGUCAUUGUUGACCCCGCCGUGACCAACACCCGGGUCUUCCUGUACUUUUACUUCUGUAUCAACGUGGGCUCUUGCACUGGACAGAUCGCCAUGGUCUGGGUAGAGAAGCUUCACAGCUUCUGGCUGGCCUUCCUCAUCCCCACCAUCCUGUUCCUCACUGCCCCCUUCGUCCUCUGGUCCCAGAAGAAGAACUACAAGCUCACUCCCCCCACCGGCUCCCUGCUCUCCAAGUUCCUGCGCAUGUUUUGGUUCGUCCGCAGCCGCUCCAAGGCUUUCAAGUUCGACUGGAAUGUCGCCAAGCCCUCUGGUAUCCCCAUCGCUGAGCGUCCUGCCUGGAUGACCUACGAUGACGCCUGGGUCGACGAAGUCCGCCGUGGUCUCAUGGCCUGCAAGGUCUUCCUCUUCCUGCCCGUCUUCUUCCUCGCCUACAACCAGAUGACCGGUAACCUGACCAUCCAGGCCGGCACCAUGGAGCUCCACGGCGUCCCCAACGACAUCAUCCAGAACCUCAACCCCAUCUCCAUCGUCAUCAUGGUCCCCAUCUUCGACCACCUCCUCUACCCCGGCCUCCGCAGGAUCGGCGUCUCCGCCACCCCCAUCAAGCGUAUGACCGCUGGUUUCAUCGUCGCCGCCCUCUCCAUGGUCGCCGCCGCCGUCAUGCAGUACUACAUCUACGAGAUGAACCCCGACUGCGGCUGGUACGUCACCGACGGCAAGUCCCCCAAGACGGGCGAGACCUGCCCCCCCGCCCCCAUCAACGUCUGGGCUCAGUCCCUCCCCUACAUCCUCGUCGGUAUCGCCGAGAUCCUCACCAAUGUCACCUCGUACGAGUAUGCCUUCUCCAAGGCCCCCGAGAACAUGAAGUCCCUCGUCAUGAGCGUCAACCUCUUCAUGAGCGCCGUCUCCGCCGCCAUCGGCCAGGCCUUUGUGCCCCUCUCCGGCGACCCCCUCCUCGUCUGGAACUACACCACCGUCGCCUGCAUCUCGUUCGUCGGCGGUGUCAUCUUCUGGUUCUGCUUCCGCCACCUCGACGCCGACGAGGACAAGUGGAACAUGCUCAAGAAGUCCGAGUACCUCGGCCAGAACCAGCCCACCGAGACCGCCGCCUCCAAGCAGGUCGAGGCAUAA